AUGCAGGGAGGAGAGAAACCAGCUGGUCCACACGCUAUAUCCUGCCAUUUUACAUGCAAGAUAUGCAGAGAGCACCUGGCAUGCAUCCAUUUAUAGUAGACCUCAAUGGACGACCUGCUUGGUUUUGACAUUUGGAACAGGCCGCACAAAUGAAGUUGUCCCGGUGAUUGGUACAGAGGUAAUGAUGCACUCAAUAGGCAGAUGCUGAACGGACAUGGCAGGGGAGCAUUUGGUGCUUGUUCAUGGGGAAGGGCAUGGAGGGUGGUGCUGGUUCAAGCUCCGGUGGCUCCUUGAGGGCUCCGGCUACCAAGUGACCUGCAUAGACCUUGCCGGAGGCGGCGUAGACCCCACCGACCCCAACACUGUACGGUCAUUCGAGCAGUAUGACAAGCCGCUCCUGCGCCUCAUCUCUGCCUUGCCGGAGGGCGAGAAGGUGAUUCUCAUUGGGCAUGGCAGUGGAGGGCUGAGUGUGAUUCACGCAAUGCAUGAAUUCGUUGACAGAAUUAAGCAAGCAAUAUUUGUGGCAGCUGCUAUGCUGCCAUUUGGACUUCAGACUGAUGAAGAUAAGAAAGAUGGCUUACCAAGUUUGCCUGAGAAUGAGACCGAGUUGACAUUCGGUGCAGGAGCAGAUGAUCCUCCAACUACUGUCGCCUUGAGAUUAGAAUUCCAGCGUGAUCGACUAUCACAACAAAGCCCAGAGGAGGAGUCAAUACUGGCUUCAAUGCUGAUGCGCCCAUGGCCUGCAAGUGCUAUUGGUACUGCAAGCUUUGAAGGAGCUGAUGAGAGAUUGAAUCGAAUAAAGCGGGUUUUCAUAAAGACACAGCGUGACCACAUGCUGGACCCUCAGCAGCAAGAUUCCAUGAUCAAGAAGUGGCCACCCAGCGAGGUUUUGGUCAUAGAUACAGACCACAGCCCCUUCUUCUCUGCACCAGAACAGCUCUUUAACCUAAUAGUCAAAUCUCUAUGAUGCAAAUAUGCAGAUUACUGAACUCUCUAUAGUGGGUUUGUUCAAAUUCUUGUAACAUGACAUAUACUAAGUAUCCGAGUUAGGAUAACAUCUUUGUGAAGCAUGUUUCUCAGGGAAUCUUCAAGACAAAUGGAUAAAUGGUUUAAGGGUGUAA